AUGUCAACAAUAACAUUAUCCAGCACAUUGUCAGCAGCUUCUAUAGUUAGUACUUAUAUUCCAAAUGACAGUAAUUCAGCAACUCCUAGUAGUAGUAGUAGUAUUAUUGCAACAGAUAGUAGGGGAUGUGUUCAAUGCGAUGAUUCUUUAACGUGCCCUGAGUGUGGUGACGAUGAAUAUUGUGCCAUCACAUCAUUAACAUGCUCGGCAUGUCCUGUUACAUAUUGUGCUAAACGAGUUACUGGGACUAAUUCUACGAGCAAUUCUACCAACUCUACAAGUACCUCAAAAAACUCAAAGGAUAAUAAAUCGUCACAUUUAAAUGCGAUAAUUGGUGGUUCAUUAGGUGGAGGAUUAUUUUUUUUAUUUUGUUUAUUGAUAAUGUUAGUUUAUAUAUUCUAUUGGAGACCAAGAAUGCGGAAAAAGAGAGAUCGUGAAAAGGCAUUAUUAGAGUCUAUGGGGUUCGAAUAUGAUGGUAAGGAUAAUAUAUUCAUGGAUGAUAUAGCUAUCAUUGGAUCUGACGAAGAUGAUGAUGAUGAGGACGAAGACGAGGAUGAGGACGAGGACGAAGAGGUAGAUGAAGCAAAUGGACUAAUUACUAAACUGGAUGGAACUGAAUUCGAUACAGUAGAUAUGGGUAGUAAUACCGAAGUAUUAACAAUGAAUGAUAUUACAACAGAUCAAAAUUCCAUUUUACCAAGAUUGAAAAAUAUUAAUAGAACUCAAUAUGAAUUUAGACCUCCAAUAAUACACACUGUAGCAGGUAUGAAACAACCUAAUUAUCUAAUGGUCAACGGUAAUAGAGGCAGUAUGUCAACAAUAAAUACCAAGGCAUCUUCGAACGUAUUACCUAUCGGGUAUGUUCCAGGUGUUACUAUCAGCCAUUCUGGGUCAUAUCGACUACGCAAGAAUGCGGCAAGAGCUGAUGGGCCAGGAAAUGGUAAUUAUGAUAUCAUGUCACAUAUUACCCUCGGGUCAUCUAUAUUUGAAGAUAUUGACGCUACCACACAAAAUGACAACAAGAGCAAUACAAAUAAUAAUAAUAGUAAUAAUAACAAUGGUAACUUGGAUAUCGUUGAUAUGAAUAUUGAUAUUGAUAACGCAAAAGAUCAAGAAACCUCCAAGGAAAAUGUUGAAGAUAAAGAGACGAAUAGACUAACCACUGCAAUCAAAGCGAAGCCAAGAUUAGUACAAAUAUCUGAAGAAGAAGAAGGUGGAGAAGAAAAAGGAGGUAGCAAUGACUCUUUAGAGGAAAAAGUCGGCAGUGGUGCUGUAGAACAAGAAGAAUUGAAAAGCACACGGGGUAGAAGCACAAUCCAGGAAGAUGACGAGGGAAGCUUUAUAUUAGAAUUUGGCGUUGAUGAUUCCAUUAUUAAUGGUGUAAGCGAUAACACCAAACAAGGAUAA